UAGAAAAGAAAAACAAAAUUGUACUGCAACUAAAGCAUAAUGGAAAAGCCAGAAGUGAUACCAUUAGAAAAAAGAAUAUACAGAGAAAAAUUGAAACAGCUCGCAACAUGCGAGCAAAUCGUUUCCGACGAAACUAUAAACGCCAUCGGCCGAGUGACCGAGGUCGUACGAGCCGCGGACGACAACGCCCCCAGUAGCGAUGAACACGACGAGGAUCUCGAAGAGCAGUACAAAGAUAUCAACUUGUAUCUCGAUUUGCCGAAUGACACGUAUUCCUUGACCGAAAUCAGGCCGGAACUUCCAUCGUGCGUCCGAUAUGGCGUGCGUGCAGGAAUGACCCAUAUCAACAUGCCAAAGUUCUCGCCAUUGUCGAGGGGUCAUCAGGGUGGCGCAACAGCGAUCGCGGCUUUCGCGACGACCACUGUGUACAAGUCUCGUUGCUGGAACGAGGCGGUGAUCGAUCAGAUCAUCGAGGACGGGGACACGUUCUACUGCGAAUCCUACAAAGAUAUAAACACCGACGAUCGCCGAUUGCUCUCGAUUCUCGAUUUGAAGAGGACCAUGUGCGUACAGAACAAGCUCGUGGUGAACGUGAGCAUCGAGGAUGCGGUUUACGCCGGUAAAUUUCGUUCCACGGAGCCCACGGAAUUGCAUCUGGUCAAGGCUUUGGAUUUAUUCUUCAAACGUUACAACGCCGCGAUCUUGACGUCGUCCGUGUUGAACAUAGCCAUCUGGAAGGACGCGAAAUAUUACAAUCUGUUCGACGGUCAAGCGAGAAGGGAGAGCUGCGAGCCGGCCCCGGACGGCGUCAGCGGGACGGCUAAAUUAUUCCUGGUCAAGGAUCUGAUAGGGCUUCUCUUCAUCAUUCUCGAGAAGAGCAACGUGAAGAACGAGCCCUUCGUCCUGUACUCGAUAGCGAUCAGCGGCGUGGAACAUCACACCCUGGUAGCGGACCCCAUGAAACUGGAGAGGCCCGAGACGAAACCUCAGAGACGGCCGAGCGGUUACAAGAUGCAGGAAAAGUAUCGCGCGGUUGUCCAAGGCUCUUAUCACGUGAACCAUCCGGUGAUCCCGCCACCGCUUCGAGGUCGCACCUUCUUGAUCAUAGCUUUGGCCGCCCUCGUUUACUCGCGUUUGGUGAACGCGAACAAAUGGACCAGCGCUUUGAUCGAUCUGAUUUUCAACCAGUCCAACAUAUACUUCGUCGAUCUGGUCCGCGUGCUCGACAAGAAUCUCGGCGACGCCGAUUUCGAGCUUCGCCUGGACGACAUAAUGGGCGACAUCAUUCUCGGCGCGUAUUCGGCCAAGGUGAAGAUACGAACGAACGUGGUGCCCGGUUACGGGCAGAAGAGGGGCAAACUGGCGAUCGACGAUGGUAUACGGGAAUUCUUUCAAACUCAAUUGACCGGUUUGCUCGAGGUGAAGAAUUACUUCUACGCGAUUUGGAGGCACGACGACACGUAUUACUUCAUGGAUCCGUUCGCCUGCGACGACGAGGGGUUCAGAAGCGGUACGGCCGAUAUCGCGGGCUCGGACAAACCAGGGGAGGCCGCUUGCGUGACGAUGAACAGCUCGAUCAACCAGGUGAUGGAGACCAUUAUGGAGAACACGGGUAGCAGAGACAGGGAUCCGUUCGUGAUCCACGGGGUCAGGGUUUUGUACGUGAAGACCGGCACGACACCUGGCGGCCCUCUCGAGAAAGUGAUCUAUCGGGAGAAGGGGACGAACCGAAGGCCCCAACCUCCCCCGUUGCCGAUGAUCAGCCCGAGCGUGUUGAGGAUCGAGGAGAUGAGAAAGGUGGAUGACAUGAUGCCGAGGAUAAGGCCCGAGCUGGAGAAGUUGAAGGACGUGGACGUUCAGGUGCCCGAUCUGAUGAAAAACGCGGAGAACUACAUGAUAAAGGACGACGAGCCGCUCACCUACACGAUCGUGACGCCCGAAGAGAAGGUGGCGGAGCCGGAGGUACCCGGGGAGGAGGAAGAGGUGGUGGAGGAGGAGGAGGAGGAGGGGAUAGAGAAGUGGCGGGCGGAAAUAGUGGAGGGGGAGGAGGAGGAGGCGAAGCCGGAGAAGGAGGAGCCGGUGGUGAAGACGGUGAAAGGUUACAAGAUCGUGAAUCCUCAUCGUUUGAUCCUCCACGGGUCGAAGAAUUGUUUGGACGAGGGUUUCGACGUAUUGUCGAGAGGGAAGCAGGGAUUGAUAGCCGCCCUGGCUGCGAUAGCUUACAGGAAACUCAAGAAUCCGACCAAGUGGCGAAACAUGGACGUCGAUCAGUUGAUCGACGUGAGCAACAAAAUAUUCGAGGAGGUUAUAGAAUGGAUAAGGAAGGGUCGUCCCAAGUUGAAGGAGGAGGUGGAAUUGGUUGGCGAGGCGGAGGAGGAGGAGGCGGAGGAGGAGGAGGAGGUGGAAGGGGAGGUGGAGGAGAAAUUGUUACCGAGGCCGAGCCACUUGGACAUGACCAUGUUGCCGGUUAGAUUGAAAAUGGGCGAGAACGACGUGUUCUUCAAGACGAAGAUGAAGAUCAUUCAGGGGGAAGCGUGUCCGUUGGCGAAUCUUGGCGAGGCCCUCGAAUGUUACUUCAAUCGUUAUCCAGAGUUGGUGUUGGAGAACAAGAGAUUGAUGUACGGUAUCUGGAAGGAGGACUCCCACUUCUUCAUGUUCAAUCCUUACGGGAGCGACGCCGAAGGUUGGCGUCUUCGCGACUAUCCGGCUUCUUUCGCAGUGACGGCCAGUUUGAACGAAUUGGUCGAUCUUCUUUACGGCGUGAUGGAGUUCAACGAUCACCUUUUCACCAUACACUUCGUCGGAUUGGACUCGAUACAGCCCGGCCUCUACGCCACCGAACAAGAGAUAAUAGUCCCGACCGACGCGCCGAUCGAAAAAUUCAAGACUUCAUUUUUACCGAUCACGGACGCCGACUUGAAAAAACUGGAGGCCGAAUUGUUGGCGGAACAGGUGGUGGAGAAAGAGCCGGAGGAAGAUAUAGUGGACAUCGAGGAAGAGGCAGAGGAGGAGGAGGAGGAAGAGGAGGAAGAGGGGAAGAAGGUCGUGAAGAAGGUUUUGAAGGAGGAGGAAAAGCCUAUAAUCGAUCCGUUGCUCGAGGUUAAGGAACAAGAUCAACCGGAUCCUCCCUACCGUUUGAACCUGAUCUUAUUGACGUCCAACAUGAAGAUUUACGACGAGAACGACGAGACGAUCGAGCAGGUCCACGAGCAAUUAGCAUUGGAGAAGCUCAAGUACAAUCAUCCGCCUCCUUACGUUUUGCCAUCGAAUAAAAUCUUGUUGAAGCUACUCGAGGCGAAACGAGCCAAACGAUCCAUCCCAUCUUUGGUAUCGAGAUUCUCCAUAGAUUCGAGGUUGGACGUGAAAAAGAAGGCGCCGAUAUACAUAUCGAAAUCGGCCGUGGUCAUGCCAGGCGGGCCGGAAGUCUACGAGCCGAUACCCUCGAAAAUGAUCAAGUUGUCCCCCAACAAAUAUCUAUACUCUAGAAUUUUACCGAUAUGCCUGAUGCCUCUCAGAGCUAUCGACGAUAUGUACAUCCAAGACGAGACGCUCGCCAAGACUAUGAGGGACAAAGAGAUAAAAAGAUUAGAGGACGAGAGGAGGCGUGCCCAAGAAUUCGAGAAACAGGACGUGCCUGAAAUACCCGUGGGAAUUCGAAUACGACCACUUUUGUUGAUGCUCGGCCCGAUCAUUAAAACACCGACCCCCGAGAAACGAUUGACCAUGACUUGUAUCGAGAAGAAGAAACGAAAGUGUCUGUUGCCCAAAACAGACGAGGGUGACGCUCUUAUGGAGAAGAUUCUCUGCAACACCGAGGAUUUGUUGCUAGAAUUGUUUUUCCCCGAUUUCAAAGCGAAAACGGAUCAGGUUCGUGUAUAUAUACUUGGAAACGAAAAUAAUAGAGACGAGAAGCAAGCAGGUGUUGUCCAAACUGUUGGAGGUAGAAACAUCGACGAUCAGGAAGUCGCCGACCAGUGCCCAACAGAAGAAGAAAUUGUUAAGGGAUAUCCCUGCAUGUGCUAUGACAAUCGUGCCGUGGUGGAAGCCUGCCACUACAAAUCUUGCUUCUUCUCCGCUCUGUUGUGCAUAUUGACGAAGAUCAAAUUGGAUCCGGACAGCUUCUCCGGCAAGAUUCUCGACCAGCUGAUAUUCCUCGGGGACAAGAUCUAUCAGAAGACAGGGAAGCUUCGAUUCAAACCGUAUCGAUGGUUCCAUCACAUAGAGAUCCUGGACACUAUCUACAAUGUGAUCACGAAACAGAACGGGGAUCAUCGUGUUCGCCAAUUGCUCGUACGCCGUUUGGACGGCGAACGAUCGAUACUACUUGUUCGAUUCUUAUCCCUGCGACGACAGGGGGAACGCUUCCGAGGAAGGUUACUCCUGCCUGAUGGAAUUCUGCGACUUGGCCUCGAUGAUGGAGAGAAUCGAGAGGAACGUCGGCGCGAACACGAAGAAAUCGUAUCGAAUAUACACGAUAUGCAUAGCCCAUAUGGAGAGCAGGAAGCGAAAGAGGAACGAAAGAGGAAAGUGGGCCGCGUGGUGGAAAGGAGCGCGGUGAGACAGGUUAUGGAAGAGACGGCCGGGAGAGGCGUGGAAGAAUCGCCCGAGAUGGAGACGACCGCGAUAUCGACCGCGUCCGAGGUCUCGUUGAUCGAGCAAUCGGAUUGGGUGAGGAGCGAGGAGUCGAAAGUUAGCCUCGUGUACGAUUUGACGAUCCCCGGUUUCGCCCCUAUCGAGCAUUACAACGCUUCGAUGCUCGACGUGCUCGUUCUCGAGGACGAGAUCACCACCCCCCUGUUGCCGCCGUUCAAGAAAUCCUCGUUAAGGAAAUCGGCGGCCGCGGACGACGAGUUCGAGGCGAUCAAGUUGCUGGUGAGGAAGAAGGUCUUUGAGAAAAAGUUCAAGUGCCACUCGGCCAUCUUGACCCCGUUGGAUCUUUGUAUCAUGGCCUGGUCGUUGAUCCACGAUCCGAUAACUUGGUCGGUUAGAACGGUGAAAGGGUUGUACGAGGCGAGCGUCGAUUACACUUUCGACAGUUUAUUGGCCACCGAGGAUUCGACGGUGAGCGAUAUGAUCGACGGCCUGCUGCCCGAAUUCGAGAUAGCCAAUUACGUGUUCCGCGUGGUCUCGGUCCCCCUUCACUACGGCACCCUCUACAGUACCGAGGGUUGGAAUCUGUCCAUGUCGUUGCAAAAGGUGUUCGACACGCCUAGCUACACGGGCGCGAUACUCAUCUGCGGCGAAUCUCACAUCGGCAUCUUGAAGAAGGACGAGAAUCACUUCGCCUGGUGGACGAUGAAGAGGACGAAGAAGUUGAGGUUCGUCACUUCCGUGGACAUGAAAGAAUUCUUGAAACUGAUCGUCCAGAAGAUGGAUCAACCGAAAGAAACGUUUUUCGUGAUAAGAGUGAUCACCGUCUCCUACGCUCAGAAGAUAGAUCCCGAUUGUAGCGACACGAAAGGUCUUCACGAGCCGGUCGUACCGUUGUCCUCCCUUGCCGAGAUCCAUCGUAUGCCGGCCAAGCCUUACGAUCUCGAGGCGAUCUUCAGGCCGACCAUGCCCGAAUCCAAUAAACCGAUAUUCAUCCACGGUACGGUAGCUCUUAACAACAGGGACUCGGUGGUCGAGCCCAAGGUGAAGAGGUGUUACUUCGUCGCCGUUUUGGCGGUGAUGGUGCAGCGAGACAUCAUUCAAAGCCCGAUGCCCGGCAUGAUAGACAAAGUGAUCGAGGUCGCGGAAUCGGUUUACAGGGAAUUCGGGGAAUUGAAAUUUCACACGGAACAGAUUCUGCGCAACGUUACCGUGAUGAACAGGAUCUUCGAUUUACGGGACUUCGUUUAUCCCUUGGUCAGAUUCACCUUCAAUCCUCGAACGAUGAAAAACGAUUUCUACGUUCAGGUAAAGAAGCACAUGAGAAAAUUCUUUAAAACGUGCUCGAGCGGGAUCUUGCACUUUACCAAUUGCUGUUACGGUUUCUGGUAUUCGAGAGCGACGAACGCCUAUUAUUAUCUAGAUCCUUAUCAGUGCAACGAGAAGGGGAAGAGAGUGGAGCGAGGCGGUAAAGCUUGCCUCUGCAUAUUUCCCACCAUUUGCCAAAUGGUGAGGCAGAUGAUGUUGAAUCAAUUCGAAGAAACGACGGGCUUCUUUAUACACCGUCUUCACGUGGAAUCGGUGAACGUGCCCCCGUUCAAAACGUUCAAGGAGGACCCCAUGUGGUUGUAUCUCGACUAUCAUUGGAACUUCAGACACGCCCCGGACAUAGUCAAGCUGGGGAACAAGAAGAAGAAGCAACAAGAGGAAGAGACGGAGCAGGAAAACGUGAAGCAAUUCUGGAACAAUUACGCCAUCGAGGUGACCAAUCUUAUUUACUCGGUUUGGGGUACGAUCGGUUGCUACGAUUCCAGAUUCGGGGAUCGCGCGGGAAGGAAUCAGGCGGCGAUCUGCGUCGCCGUCCUUGCCAUGCAGUAUCUCAGUCAUCCGUCGAGAUGGGGGCCCGCCAUAUUGGAUUCGGCGGUGAUCUGCGGUGACUCGUAUUACACGGAGAGUCUAAGAAGCUCGAUCUUGCGGUGCACGAAACACUUCAACAGGUUCAACUUGCAAACCACAUUCAAGAUCUUCCCCCACGUGUGGAUCAUAGACUUCAGGGACAGCAUAUGCGGAAUAUUGUACGGGGCUCGUAACAGGAUGACCCUUGCCUGCGCCCUGAAGAAAUCCUUCGAGGACUCUCCCAACGUUCUGAUCGAAUGCAACAAGAUCACAUUGGCGGCUCUGGCCGCCAAGGACGGUUACUACGUCGCGGAUCCGUGCUGGGUCGGGCCGCCCCUGUUCACCAAAGACCACGGGGCCAUGUACGUUCUACGUUGCAAGAAUAUGAACUCGUUGGUGUACGCGGUGAUCAAGAUGCUGAACACGAAUCAGAGGCUCGACUUCCGCAUAUCCCCCGUCCUGUUCACGUUCCAACAGGAGGACUUCAACUUCGCCGACGUGGCGAGGCGGGAGCCAAAGAGGAAGGUGUUGAUGGAGCCGCUGAGGAGCACCCCUGGGAAGGCGAGCGAUCCUAUAGGACCGGGCGCUCACGCCACUCCUGACGAGGACUCUUACCUCGCGUAUCGCAAGAACCUGGGCGAGGGAUAUCAGAAGAGCUACGAGCUCGAGAAUCCCGAGCUACCCUCGGUCGAGCCCGUGUUGGAGAAGGACAACAUGACGAGCGCGUUGAUCAGCACCACCUGGCACUUGAAUCUGGGCCAAGCCGCCCCGCUCGAGAAAGCCACCCCCGUCUUCGAUCCACGGUUGAUCGAGCACGUGCCGGAACAAUGCGAGGAUCGGGUGGUGGACUCGUUCGAGCCCAUGUUCCCCACCCAAAUGUCCAUCACCGACUUUUUGGAAGUUUGCAGUGGUUAUCCAACGGUGAUGGAUUUCACGAGCGAGCAACCGCCACCGAAGAGGCCGCUCGAGUGCGCCGCGGCGACCAGCUUCCUAACGGAAACGGCUCGCCAACAGUUCCGAAUUCACACCACCGACAUGGCCAACGAGGUGUACAAGACGUACAAGCAUCGGCUGCCAACGUUGGCCAGGCAGAGAAUGAUGCGGGACGAGAUGGGCGAGGAUAUUCAUCCUACCGAGGAGGCGAAACAGAACUCGCCCGAUACCGAGGCGGAGACGGAGGAUGAAACGUUCACGGAACGGAAGCCACCGAGGUUACCGAUGAAACUGGAUAUUAAAAUGGAAAUUUUUCUUUUCUUUUCUUUUUUUUCUUCUUCUCUUUUUCAAUUUUCUUCGCUUUUUUUUUCUCUCGCCAUUAAUUUAUUGAUAUUGUUUGAUAUCCGACGACGAAUUUUUUUCGAAAGUUUUGGUGAAACGUGUCCUCCGUGCCGUAGUGUCUUGGCGAAACUUUUAUUUAAAAUAUUUUCGAUAUCGAUCAAUUUUGAAUAUAAUCCGUGAACAAUAGAUGAUUCCGUGGGAUCGUUGUUGUGGUCGAUCGAUUUUGUCGCCAAUUGAUUUCCUAGAAAUCUUAGAGUAUUUACGCUGUUUUAUAUAUGAUGUAAUAUUUUAUUAUUACGUGUGCUUUUUGGAAUUUAUUGAACUUAAAAGGAUCAUGGAACGCCAGUUUCGUUUUGUGUUUCAUUGGAUGUGCUUCAGUAUUUAUAUAGACGUAUAUUAUUUUAUAUUUUAUAAUCUUUCGAUGAAUGCUUUCAUGGACUAUAAAUAAAUAAAAGUGACUAUAAAUAAAAAGAUAACGUA